AUGCUUGAUACUGGUAAUCUUGUACUUGUGGACUCCAGUUCUUCUGUAAUAUGGCAGAGUUUUAACUAUCCAACCGAUACUUUGUUACCAGGCCAAACCUUAGGCCAAGGCAAAGCUUUAAACUCCACUCUCAUGGAUGGGAAUUAUGGAACUGGUAGACUCAUGCUAAUUAUGCAAAAUGAUGGUAAUCUUGUUCUCUACCCAAGAGAUCGAAUUCUCCCUUCCCCUGAUGGAGCAUAUUAUUUUACAGGAACAGCCGGAACACAACCUCCAGUUAAUAUGUUAUUCAAUACUGCAGGAGCUAUCUACCUCUUGAACUCAACUAAUGAUGUUAUUGACACUGUUUCUUCCACUGUAAUAAGUCCCAUUGAUGAUUAUUAUCAUAGAGCUACACUCGAUAGUAAUGGAUAUUUUCGGCAAUACUCUCACAGGAAAAGUUCCUCAGGUGGCCAAUCAUGGACUGUUGUCUCGAGUGUUCCGAAUAACAUAAAUGCUUGUGCUGUUCCAAGCAUUUGUGGAAUCAAUAGUCAUUGUAUUUUGGACCAAAAUGCGAAGAUUAAGUGCCUCUGCCCAGAUAAUUUCUCUUUUCGUGACCCCAACAACUGCUCUGGUGGGUGUGAAAAGGAUUUCACUGUAGAUUACUCGGGAGAUUAUGGAUCAUUUCAAAUUACUCCAUGGAACUACAGGAUGUUGACUGGCCUUUUGGAGACUAUGAAAUGCAGGAAAAGAGCAGGGUUUAGAUGGGUCCCAAUCAGUAAUGAGCCUGCCGAGAAUAAUCUAAUGUCUAAUUUGUUAUCAUUCAAAUACACACAUUUAAAAGAUGCCACAAAUGGCUCCUUCGGGACUGUGUACAAAGGGGUACCGGAUUUUGGAAUCCAAGUAGAUAUCGCUGUCAAGCCAUUGGAUAAGGUAGCAGAGCUAGGAGAGGAGUAG